GCUGAUGCGGUCACCAUUUUUCAGUAAUUUCCAGUAACCGAUAAUCUAACCAAAAUGUUCAAAAGGAUAUUUUCUGUGGACGCCUAGAACGUUGUAUAUAAAAAAAUCAUAUGAUUGGACAACUCUCUUAUUGUGAACAAAAGUAAUUAAAAAUAGAGUUAUCUCUAAGAACAUACUCGAGCUCCUUAAACCUUUUCCAACCACUAAAGCAAUACCGAAGAAACAAAAUGAAACUGGAGCUAGUCCUCGUGCCAUCAACUAGUCACGGCCACCUCCCCCCGUUAGUGGAGUUUUCUAAGCUCCUUGUCGACGGCCAUGACCAUCUCUGCGUUACCGUCAUCAUCAUCCCUCCCAGGCAAGAACUCCGUACCCCAAGCAUUUCCUCCUACAUCGCUUCUCUCUCCACUAUGCCUAGAGACCGCCUACGGUUCAUCGUCCUAUCCGAUGCGGAUAGGUCAAACUCCCCUAACACCGAGCCGGAUUUCCUUUCCUACUCGGAGAGCUAUAAACCCGCGGUGAAAGCAACGGUAGCUAAACUUUAUGACCAGGCCCGACCGGAUUUGAGUAAGCUUGUUGGGUUUGUGGUGGACAUGUUCUGCACGCAAAUGAUCGAUGUUGCCAACGAGUUCGAGGUUCCAAGUUACUUGUUCUAUCCUUCAAGUGCAGUGUUUCUUGGCUUGCAGAUUCAUAUGCAAUAUCUUUGCGACGUUGAGAAGUACGACGUGGGAGAGUUGAAAGACUCGGACACUGAGUUGGAAGAAGUCCCGUUCCUGACCCGUUCUUUACCAGCGAAGUGCGUCCCAUCCGUGAUAGUAAACGAUGAGUUACCUGUUGUUUUGAGCCACGCCAGAAGAUUCCAAGAAACGAAGGGUAUCUUGAUAGAUACGUUUUCUGAGCUGGAGCCUCAAGCUGUGAAGUUCAUCUCCGGUGGAGAUAGUCAUCUUCCUACGGUGUAUGCAGUGGGACCGGUUGGUCUUGACUCGGUGGACUAUAAACAAACGGAGGUCCUACGGUGGCUUGAUGACCAGCCGUACCGAUCAGUUGUGUUCCUCUGCUUUGGAAGCAUGGGAGGUUUCAAUGAGGAACAAGCUAAAGAGAUUGCCAUCGCGCUUGAACGAACUGGCUACCGUUUCAUCUGGUGUCUUCGCCGUGCUGCACCAACAGGACCUCCCAGAGAGUUUACGAAUCUUGAAGAGAUUCUUCCAGAGGGGUUCCUAGAAAGGACAGUGGAGAUAGGUAAGGUUAUAAGUUGGGCUCCACAGAGGGCUGUGCUGUCGAGUCCAGCCAUUGGAGGGUUUGUGUCUCACUGCGGUUGGAACUCGAUCCUGGAAAGUGUAUGGUUCGGGGUUCCGGUUGCCACGUUGCCGCUUUAUGCUGAGCAACAGCUGAACGCAUUCGAGAUGGUGGAGGAGAUGGGGCUAGCGGUGGAGAUUAGGAAUCAUUUUCAAGGAGAAUAUAUGGCGGCGGCGGAGACAACAACGGAGUUGAUAGCAGCGGAGGAGAUAGAGAGGGGAAUACGGUGCUUGAUGAAGCAGGAUAGCGACGUGAGAGAUGGAGUGAAGAAGAUGAGUGAGAUGAGUCACAUGGCAGUAAUGGACGGUGGAUCUUCCCACGCUGCUCUUGUAAAGUUUAUUCAAGACGUCACUGACAAAUGACAAUAUCUUUUGAAUCUUGUGGUUAACGUUCCAAAAGAGAAUACGUCGUAUAAUUAAUCUCCAGCAAGGCAAUAUCCAUGGAUGUUGAACUUUCUAUGUUGUUGAUAAUAAGUUUUUAUAAGAGCUAUAACUUUGACCAUAAUAACACUUUGUGGUAUA